GAGGUACACGCCUCCGUUGAGUCAUGCGACUACCAGCAUGCACCGCGAGCACAUUUUUUUCUCGUGGGUGGGACUUUUUGAGAGGCGUUGUCGCCGCACACACGGACAGCUCCCGCAAUAUAAACUAGUAGCAGUCACGCAUUAGAGAGAUCACGAAGAUUGCCACCCUGAGCUUCCGCCUUCGAUGUUUGAAGUCGUGAAGAAAGAAAUCGAGAUUCUGUCAUGGCGAACUACAUUCACGUACCCGACGAGGCUCCCGCUGUGCCCAAAAUAGACGUGACAGUUGACGAGAGCGACUACAGGUCCGGGGCGAUGAAGCUCAUCAAGGAGCUGAGACCAAAGUGGGAGCCAUCCGAGGUUAAAGUUAAGGUGCAGUUUGUUUGAUUUUUUACUUUAAAUUACACCCAUAAACUGAAUUAUACUCUCUUUUGUUGUCUGGAUACCAACGUCUUUACAUCACAGACUGAAGCUAGCGCGCGCUCUGACCGAUAAAAUGAAUCACCAACGGAGCUAUCAUAACCGUUUCAUCAUUUGGUCAUUAAUAUACAUUUAUGUAUGUACUUAAACCCAGCUGCUGUUGUAGUUACACAUUGCGGAUAGUUGAAAUGUCACUCCGAGGUAACCGCCCACAAGCCUCAGCCGGAUGGUAGAUGAUUUACUCUGUAUGUUGCAGGAAGGACGGAAGAUACUGCGAUUAUUUGUCGUCAAAAGGGUUAAUUUUUGUUAUGCCCCCCCUCCUCCUAAAUAGCAUCUGCGUCACCUCUGGUUAUGAUUAAACAGCCCAAGCUCUUGCUGUUUUAGCGAACCUGUUAUUUAAGUAACCCUCAGGCUACCAUGUAAUGUGAGUGCGCCUUUAUGUCUGAAUGAGAGGUAGUAACACACCAAAGCAGAAGUUUGUAGUCUUACAGGUAGACCCCAAAGAUCCUGUUUACAAGGGCAGGAAAUGAGAUUAGGGGAGAGUGGGGUAAGUUGAACCAAAGGGUAAGUUGUUGCUUGGAAAUGGUGAAAGAAAUUGAUCAUGUGACCAAAUAUUUAGGAGAUGGGCAUCAAUUCAUGGAGUCUGUGAAGGUUAGGGGCGCAUGGGUGAAGGGGUUAGACAUUUAAUUCCAAAAAGAAACCAUUAAGUCUAUCAUAAGUUUUAUUAGAAUUGUGUUCAGACCAAAAAAGAUCAUUUUAAUUUGUUUUAUACAUCAAUUGUGGUUUGUAUGAGGUCAAAAACCUAACCUAAAAGUCCACCAUUUUAGCUCAGAGGACUAAUUAAGUCAUAAUAGUAGUUCAGGGGUAAGUUGAGCCAGCAGCUCAACUGAGAAAGUAAAGAAGUCUGAUCAGAGGUUUAGCGUUUCAGUUCAGAUUGUUAAAAUGUGUUACUUUUUCUUUUCAAAAGUACAGCCGUGAAUGUAAGAGGCAUCCUCAUGUUAAAAUGGCUUUUUACAAAACAGCUUUUUAGCAGUUAUAUGCAAUAAUAAUAAAAAGAAUUAUUGUACCAGUUGAAUAGCGUAUAAUAGAUAAAAAACACACGUGAAUGUGAAGAAGUGACUGUUAUUUAGGGAGAUGUCCUAUGGUCAACUUACCCCAUACACUGGGAAAGUUGACCAUAGGAGACUACUUUUUUUUGGCAUGCUAUAUUAUCAAGACAGUUAUGUUUACACUCAUUCUGUUGGUUUGCAGGGAUGAACAACAUCUUGAAAUAUAUGCAGAUACACUAGUUAGAGACAAAACUAUGAAAACUAUAUGAAAAAUGGCUCAUCUUACCCCCAUCUCCCCUACAUUUUUCAUGUCUGCGCCAGGGUAUUUGGAGCUUGAUGUGGUGUCAUGUUUACUCCUACAGACCCUCAAGAGUAAGGUCUCAUACAUCACCCCAUUGUAACACAGUGAAACACAUAUGUAACCCAGAACGUGAGAUGUUUUCCUUUCCAGUCAAAGACUGGGGGUGUGGCUCCACUGGGUAAACACAGGAUGAGAGCCGGUCACAUGAGCCGCCACUCUUGCCUAUAUUCAUCAAUGAGAGCAAAGUGGGAACUCAGCAAAUGCCUGUCAUUGCUUUCUCAUGCAAAAUAAAAUUCCUGACAGUCGUGUUUUUCGCACUGAAUCCCAUAUAGAGUGAACAAUUAGGGCUGGUAUGUUGGCAGCCCCCACCUUCACAGCAGAGACAUUCCGCUUAAAUCGAACCAGACAUGCCCUCAUUUCUCAUGGCUGCAUUCAAUCCUCUCAUUUUUUAUCAACUUACACAGUGUCCUCCAAGAAUCAAAGUCAGUCAAAGUAAAAAGUGUUUUUUUUUUCCUCCUCCAGUGGCGUAACAUGCAUGACGGUCCCAUUUUUGUCUGUGAACAUGAAGAAGAUACAACUUACAUCUUUGUAUUCAACUUGUUGUCAUGUACCAUGUGUCUCUACAGUUUUUUACCGACGGGAUAACCAACAAGCUGCUCGGCUGCUAUGUGGGACCAGUCAUGCAGGAUGUGGUUCUGGUCCGAAUUUAUGGCAAUAAAACAGAACUGCUAGUCGACAGAGAAAACGAAGUGAAAAGUUUUAGAGUACUACAAGCACACCGCUGUGCCCCUCGCCUCUACUGUACCUUCAACAAUGGCCUGUGUUAUGAGUUUCUGCAAGGAACUGCGCUGGAGCCCGAGGACAUCCGCAGCCAGCCCGUAUUCAGGUACCACUUCUCAUUUCUUUCAUGUAACUUCAGAGAUGGGUUAGGCAGCCAAACACAUGAUACCCUGAGGCCAGCGGUGCCAUAAAAUGUACUUUACUUUCCCCAAAAUUGAAAUAGCUAGAUAUUAUUCUAACCUACCCUUGUCUUUUUUCUUCUAGGCUCAUUGCCCGACAGCUGGCAAAGUACCAUGUCAUCCAUGCUCACAAUGGCUGGGUGCCCCAGUCGGACCUGUGGCUGAAGAUGGGCAAGUACUUUGCACUCAUCCCCAAGUCCUUGAAGGAGCCUGAGCGGAAUGCUAGGUAAGGCCAUAAAGACAGUAUAGGAGAACUUUUACACAAAUGUGACAUUUUUAGACCUCGCAAGACACUUCACAAGGCCGAACAGUAAAACAACAGGGUUAGCUUUACUCACAGGGGGAGAUAUGCCGGUGCUUGUUGUCUGUGUCUGUUCCUAGUUAUCUCCACGUGGAACUAUGAUCCUUGACCUCUUCUCUCAGUCACACCCCCAUGAGUAUUCAGUAUCCGCUUUACAUGCCUCACAUGUCUGAGGAAAAAUACACAAAAUUCCUCUCCUUAUCUCAGCAGGCAUGACUUCAGGUUACAACAAAGCAUCCGUAGUAGUGAUAAGAUGAUAGAAUGAUUGACAGUCGCUCUUUAAUCAACCUGAAACACAAGGAAGCAGGAAGCACAUUAUUGAGAAAGGCCAUCAAUAAACAAGACCAAUCAACAAAUAAUACAUCUGAAAAAACAGUGAGGCAUUUCCUUAUAAUCAUUUGCUUAUUCUGUUUAUAAAGACAUACACAUAAAUACCUCCAAUGGUUCAGCUGUAACAUAUCAAACAUGUACAUAGCAGCUGUAAAGGGGUCAGUGACGUAUAAGGUUUUUAAACAUGCCAAUUUUAAAUCGCAAAAAUAAGAAUAUAUUUUGCAAAAGUUCAAACACUAAGGAUGUUUUGUAUACAAAAGUUAAUGUUAAAUUUUUAAAUUACGCAGUUUUAGUGUUUUUUUCAUAUAGAUGAAUUGCCCGUGGCCCUAAAAAAUGUCAUGUGGUGCGACCAUCAUUUAUAUCAAAAUUAGUAAAUUUUUCAACAUUCUAAUAGUUUUUUUACAAAUUAUCAGUAAUAUCAAAUAGAUAGAAACAAAGUGUUUGCAUUUCAUUUGAGUUUUUGUGAAUAAUGAUCUCAAAUUUUAGCUCUAUAAUGUCACAGUCACUUAAUUAAAUGUAGUUAACUAAUUUUUUCUUUAAAUUGCAUAAUACUGAUAAAUGUUUUAAAACUACCUUUCACUUAAGCAUACUGUAUCAGGUAUUAAUGUCUCAGUUACAGAAAUUAGAUAUUUUAGUUUGUAUUAAUACAAUUAAUGUUAUUAUUGGUCGCACCACAUGAUAUUUUGACACUUUGAAGUUCAGAAAAAUUACAAAUAAGACCUGCAGUGGGUUUAGAGAGGGGAUAGAGUGAGAUCAGAAAGAUCAUUUAUCGUAAGCAGAAAAACUUCGGUUAUAGCAAAACUUUAUUUGACAGACUCUGUUUAUAGACUGAUGAGAUGCAGUGAAGACUCCGGUGAAGAACUUGUUUGAAUAGCAGGCUUUCAGUGGAAUUUCAGCAGUGUUAAAAGUCUGCUUUGUGUGUAUAUGUUCAAAACAGGAAGUGUUGUAAGCAGAUCACUUGGUUUUUUGGUAUUUUUUGAAUAAUGGUUGACGACAUUGUGAAAUGAUCAAACUGCUCGAAGAGGUCCGUCUCGGAAAAACAAGCAAACUACUCAUUUCCGCGUCCUACCUUCUUCAUAUUUUGUGUCCCCGUCAAACUUUCCCACUCCAACUUUGCCUCCUUCUGUUUUCUAUUAAUAGACUUAAGCCUCCUACCUCUCGAAGCACACUGUACAUUAUUCACCAUGUUGGACUCUCUGCCCCCAUCAGGUUAAGCAGGGAGGUGCCCAGCCCACGGUGCCUGCGCGAAGAGCUUGUGUGGCUGCAACAGAGCUUGUCCGUGCUGGGCUCUCCGGUGGUUCUCUGUCACAAUGACUUGCUCUGCAAAAACAUCAUUUAUAACCAGGCGGAAGGUGAGUAGAGACUCCGCACUUCACUGUGUUUUGAAAGAUCUUGUGGACUGCAACCAAUGCACGUCUUCACCUUUUGUCUCAUGCUUCACUCAUUGUCAGUUUUGUGCAUAGUGCUGCAGGCGUAGAAUCAGAAUGUGCAGAGGACAAUCCUGUUAAGCGGAUGUUUGCCUCUCCUCUAGAUGGAAUCCUCAUUUUAAAACAGAACCGAUGCAACAAAUCUUCUUUUAUUACUCUCACUAAUAAGAAACAGCUGCCAUGUGCAGAGUCAUCUUUUUUUAAGUGUAUUUGGAUUCCAGUCUCAUCCCUUAACUUUGUCCAAUCUGCCAUUCUGAUUCUGUGAUGAUUACAUUAGCUGUAAAUCACAGUUUGAACGACCUGAACAAACAUGCCAUUACACCACAGUCCCAGUCAAAGUUAUGUUGACAGCACUUAUGUCAUAUCCAAGCACUGUUGCUCUUUAUGAUGGUUAAAAUUCAAACAGCGCUCACUAGCUUUAACCAUACAGGCCUGUAUAUAGGACUGUACAAAGAAGUGAAACUGUUGUAGUCUUGUCUUAUUGAUAAAGAAAUUUCACUCUCCCAGGGGGGAAGGAUGGGAGGUUAUCAUGGUUUUAAUGUGUGUGGGAGGGGGGUUUUGCAAGAGCAGUCAGUCCCCUCGUCAUGCUACGACGAGGGGCGGGGCCCUUCUCACAGCUCCUUGUGUCUAGCCUUUCUCCCCCAGGAAUGACAGCCGAGGCUGUGGCUGUGCCGCGCUGUCCUGCCCUGCCCUGGGGAGGCAAUGGAGAGAGACAAACCUCACGCACAGUCAGCUCUGAGGGCCCUCGCGUAGUCUGCCCACUGCUCAGGCUUAUCGGGAUGAGUUCAUGGUAGCAGUAGGAGCUACAUACCUACCUAUUACCCUUCAAUGCUACUUGCCCACCAGUUUUCUAUCUGACAGAGCCAUGCUACUUAUGACACUGGUUAUCACUUGGAGGUUUUUUGUUGGACUGCACUUGCUUUAAGCCAUAAAGCUCCUCGCUGUCAGUGCUCCUUAUCCCACACUUCCUGUUUCAUCGCACCAAUACUCAUACGAUCAGUAUUCGAUCGUUUACAAGUGAAAGGAUACGGAUAAUGACAAUCUAAACCUGUGUUUCAGUAGUCUUUAAUAAAUAUAGCAAACAGUUUGUUUCGUUUUAAGUGAAGUUUCUUGAAAUUGAUUUAUGAGGGACACACACAUACAAGCACAACACAACAAAGGAUUAGCCAGAAGUAAUUACAACAGGCUGAGCAGGUUCAGGAGUAACAGGGGAGGGCUGUUCGCUGGUAUUUGGUCUUGUCACGAGUUUAGUAACUUAAAUAUUUACAUUGGGUAUCAUCGUCUUAUCCUCCAUGUUAAAAGUCUUGUUGGAAUAAAGAAGGGCGCGCCUUUGUUUAAGCAGUCUUCAGCUUUUUAACUUUCACUCAAACUCUAAACUCAGACUCUUCCGUACCCUGUUAAGUUAAAAAAACUUUGUCGGUUAUGAUAGAGAGUUACAACCGAUUAGGCAUUAAAAGACAAUGAAGUGCUGCCUUGUUAUAUUGAUAAGAACACGAUCAGCUGAUCUGAUCAGAUCCCUGAGUUUUUUAGUCAAUGCUGUAUCUCUCCCACUCUUUAUUUCCUUUCUUUACUAUCUAAAAGCUUGCAAACUCUGUCAUUUGCAAAAAUAAAAAAAGAAACAGCAGAGGUCUCAUGCUAUUGGUCCACAGUAGCCAAUGAGGAGGGAGCAUUGGAGGGGGUGUGUGUCUGCGUGUGAGAAGGGGAGGUGAGGUCACAUUUUUUGUUAAAGGGGGGUGAAGAAAAAGGCAGUUUUGCAGCAGGGCCUGAUGAUGUCGCAACACUUUGCAUGGGAGCGAGACUAGACGAGCGGUAAAUGAUGUCAGUGAGAGAGUGAGCACGUAUGAAAGAUGUGUUUGCCCCAACCUUUUCAUCUGCUGCACAGGGGGGGCUAUAGCCACUGCCUGGAGGUGUUCGGUUGUGUUCUGCUAGGACCCACACGCCGGCUGGUAACCCACCUCAAAGUGUCUUUCUCUGUAGUCAAACACCACCUCGAUAACUUCUAUUCCAUAAUUAAUAAACCAAGACCAAAAAAAAUAAAGAGAAAAAAAAUCAACUCAAUGUUGCUGUUUUAUUUUCUGCUGACUUUGCUUGAUUCCACGGGCCUGGAAAAGUAAGGGUUUGCAUUUUGAGAUCUUAAUCAGUGCAUGUUUCCCGCCUUUGGUCUUUUUUAACACUAACACCUCAUUUUCGGACAAACAGCAGCACACUCAUUUAUACUUCCUCUCUUUUAGGGUUACUGGCAGUUACACUGUGUGUUUUUUUUGGACGCAGUGUACUUUUGAUGUUUUUGAAGCCUUUUGUCUAGAACUCAGAAUAUGAGUCGACUGUAAGAUGUGGGCCGAGGAUAUAAAACCUUUCUAAACUGAUUUGUCCCCAGCAAGAACAGCAAAGCUUUAAAAGAGUGUAUCACAGGGUGUGUUGCUGUUCUCACCGUCUCUUUCAAACUCUUUUAGUCACUAAGCUUUCUUUGUUUAUAUUUUUCUCUGUAUUUCUUUAGAACAUAACUUUAGCUUUGGCCUUUAGUCUUCACAUGCAUCCAAAACAAACAUUAUUAGAGAGACCGGUUUAACAACUUUUCCUCUUAAAUUAAGCGUCCUGUGUGUUGCAUCUCUGCUAAUGUAUCCUAGCCGGCUAUUUCGCUGCCUCUUUUGGAUUUCCUGAAGAGCAUAACUGUAUAAAAACUACUAACCAGUACUGUCAGUGUUGUGCUUAUAAAAACAUAUUUUGUCCUCUUUUUCGGAGCUGAAUAGUGCUUAAAAAAGAGAUUUAGAUGCGCUGUCAUCAGGCAGUUUGUCCAGCAAAGUCUUAUUUGUUCAUCAUCUGUGCCUCAUGUAGCCUGCAGCACUUUCAAAACCACAUCACAGCCGUCCGCAAUUCAUGCUAGACUUUAAGAGACAGCACAGAGAAAAUCCCUUUUAAUUCAAUCGCAUAAGCUCACUCAGGUAUAGGGCUGGGUGAUAUGGUCUCAAAUCCUCGAUGACGAUAAAUGGACGAUAACUUCUCCACAAGCUGCUCACCCCCUCCCAUAUUAACUUUGUCUACUUCAGCUGCUGCUCCAGCCGCUACAACUUUUGAACCGUCACAGACUGGAUGGGGUGGAGUCACAUCUCCAACGAAGGACAGUGUCUUGAAGUGACACAAGACCAUAGCCUACCUGCACACAUCCAAAAUCAACUUUUAUUUAUUUAUUUUUUUGACACCGAUAUGUGCAAAAAAAUUGGUAAUUGGUGAAUUUAUCCUUUAAGUUUUUCUCAUAAUAGUCGAAGACUUGUUGCUUUUCUUGAAGGUAAAGUUGACAACUCUUGACAAAAUAAGCAACAUUGAUUUAGUAAAAAUGUCUUUGCCUGUUCUGAAUCUUACCCGCAUGCUUGUAUUUGCUCUUCUUCACAGCAUUACGGCGCAUGUGUAGAAAAUGUCACUCCGAGUCUUUUAUCAUCUCCGUUAUUUUCUGCGACCCUCCUCAGGCUCCUUUCCUCAAAAUGCAAGCCCUUACUCCUUGUCUCACAGUUGCCAUAAAAAAAGGCCAGCCUGUUCAGUCAGACAGGAAGAAAGAGUCCAAACAUGCACUGAAAACAAAGUCAUUUCAAACCUGCUGCUUGUGUCUCUGUCUGAAAAAUGCUGCUUCUUUUCCAGGUAAUGUCAAGUUCAUUGACUACGAGUACGCUGGGUACAAUUAUCAAGCCUUUGACAUCGGGAACCAUUUUAACGAGUUUGCUGGUGAGUAAAUCUUGAACAGGCAUUAUUAAGUAGACUGUGAGUAGGAAGUGCGCGGCGCAAAAUUGAAUCUGUGUCCCGUUUGCGUGUCUGCAGGCAUAAACGAGGUGGACUACAGUCACUACCCAGAGCGAGCAUUUCAGCUGGAGUGGCUUCGCGCCUACCUGGAGGCCUACAAGGAGCACAAAGUCGGGGACAGCGAGGUGACUGACAGAGAAGUGGAGAUCCUCUACGUUCAAGUCAACAGAUUUGCCCUGGUAAGUGUUUAACCAGGACUUAAGACAUAAGGGCCUUCAUAUCCUCCUUCAGCGGGAUCCAGGGGUGUGCUUGAGGAUGUGUGAGCUGUGGUUGAUUUCAGGCUGAAGCAGCAAUCCUGCAAACAUAAAUCAUUACCACAUCCCAGAGAAAUGAAACUGAACACUUAUAGGGCACAGUGAGUCCUCCAGCGGGCUCUUCCUGGAUCUGUUGCCAGGCGCUCGGUCAGCAAACAUGGAAUCAUAGCGCGGUGCGGGUUAAACAGAGUAAAGAGCGAUGCGGGCCGUAAAUUUGCGCUACCUGCAGUGGAAACGAGCGAGGGAUGUUUGUUCACUGAUGCAGCGCGCCAUAUGGGAGGUGCUCCUGAUGAUGACUUGUUCCCCCUAGUGAGGAGGCUUGGCACUCUCCCCGCGCUCCCCUGAGCCUCACUGUGCCUUGUUUACUGUCAAGAGGAAAAGAGGGCACUGUGGAGGAUGGGCAAGUGAGGUGAACUGUAUUUCCCUGUCAGCUGUUUGUGGUCGUUGCCAUAGGGUUUCUGCUGGCGUUGCGUUUGUUUGAGUGCCCAAGUGUUGUGUAAUUAGAAACGACAUUUACUUCUGGACAAUGACUGCAUGCUCUUCUUUUGUGUCUCUGUUUCUAGGCAUCACAUUUCUUCUGGGGUCUGUGGGCUCUGAUCCAGGCCAAGUUCUCCACCAUCGACUUUGACUUCUUAGGGUAUGUUCACCAAGCCCACUCCGUUAUGAGUUAUGUAGGAUUCUGAGAGAGUCUGAUCGUUUUGCAAACGUAUCUUAUCUCUCACUCUCUUCCCUCAGAUACGCAGUCCUGCGCUUCAACCAGUACUUGAAGAUGAAACCGGAGGUGGCUGCUCUGCAUUUACCUGAAUAAAACCCCCCCUAUCCCCUCAUCCAUACUUUCACCCACUCUUCCUCCCUUCCAGCCAGCUCUGUGCCUCACUUGUUGACCGCACGGCGCCCACUGAGGUCGUAUGUAGUGAGGAGCCAGACUGAGAGUCUGAGUGCCUACAGGUCCCCUCAAUAAGUCCUCCGCGGACCACAAUCUUCCACCAUGCUGUCCUACCUUUGUUAGGACAAAUCCUCUGUACUGUGAGUGUGUGUGAAGUAGGAGCUGAAGUCCUGCGGUAAUGUGAAGCCCACAUUACUACAUGUAUUGUGGUAAUUUUAAUGAUCCGUAUUAUCCAUUAGGAUAGUAAUAUGACUUAAACUGAAGUUAUCUGUUGGAAGCUUUGUUUUAAAGCUGAUGGAGAGUCAGAUGUGAAAUCUAAAUUAAUUACCCCAUCAUCACACCUUCUUCUGAUGCACAAACAUGGGGGAAACUCGAAAGCCCAGCCCAUCUAUCGACCAAAUUCAAAUAUUGAUAUGACAGCAAUACAAAGACCGCUUUGUAUUUGGAGUUAUUAAGAUUGAAGAAAGUAAAAAUGUCAACACGGAACGGCGAGUGCUGUUUCUUUAUCUUGUGAUAUGAGCCACAGCACACAGAGCACUUGUGGUCUGCCUUGUGACUCUCUUGUUUUGCCCUUAUUUCCCCCGGGGCACGCUCUGUUUGGGGAGGGCACCAGAUUAGCCAUGUAUUUAUCGCUGCUGUGUAGUUUGGUGAGGGCCUUUGUGUUUUGGUUUUCUAAAUUAAGGGUAGAAACAUUGAGUAAUAGGAGGACGCCAUGUGUUUACAUCUAACCUCUACCUUGGGUUGUACACUCGUACGGACGCUAUCAAAGCACUCUAUAUCGACUCGAGGGACAUUUUCACUGUAAUGUACUUUACACUUUCACUUUGACACUUGUGGUUUGUGUAAAUCUGAACUGGAGACAAGUCUGCAUCUCACUGUAAUUUGAACAUUCCAUGUUCAUAAUGCUAGAUAAGAAACUUGGUUGUAGUCGACAUAAAGCCAGAAGCAUUGAGAACUUUACUUACUGUGACAUCUAUGUGAAACACGCUGUACAAAAACGAGACCAAACCAUUGUAUUGUCUGCUGUAUGUCAGAGAAAGUGCAUAAGUCAUCUUAAUUGUUUGGAAACACUGCUAUUGAGUCCCGGUGUACCGAGGACUGACCAUUUUUAUACACCUGUAGUGCAGAUUUCAUUUACUUGUGUUUUGGUUCGGUUGUGCACUUAACAAUCUAGGAGCCGAAUAUCCAAAUGAAGGUCCGUCGAGCAGUUGAGUUUUUAGGGGAAAUGAAAGUGGAGUUGGUUAUUUUCGCUGAAGUUAGAGUUGUUCAUAAUUGGCUCACAGUAAAAGUUUUAAAAAGUCCACUGAAGAGGAAUAGCACCAUCUUCUGGAGGAAAGUAUGAAGGCUGCUGUCAGUGACUCCCCCGAUGAUCACUUUUUUAUCACUCCAUCGAUGUUUUUAAGACAGCUUCAUCUCAUGGUCACUUUUACAAGCCUACACCAAAGUGCUGACUUUUCUUUUCUGCUUGUAAAUAGUCCACACUGUACCGUUUUCCAUGUAGCACAAAUGAAGCGAGGAGUCUUUUAUCGUUAUUAGAGGAGAAAUGUUUAGGCUGAGAGGUCUGGGAGCACGUGUGGAGGGUUGAAGGUAAAGCAGCAGAUGACAGAUUUAAGUGUCAGACUCCGAGUUUACAGUUGUUUGCUCAGGAAGUCUCUGUUGAAAUUUGCAAAGCGUUGAAAAAAGCAUUAAUAACAAAACGACCCUCCAGUAGUAGCAAAGGAGUCGACAUGAAAUUGUGACUGUAUGUCUCUGAAAGCUGAUUUCAUACUGAGAGUUGUAAAGAUUCAAGGUUGUUGAUUGUUCGUCUUUUCUGCUGGACGGUGCUGAAAGAAGAAGCGAGGGGUUCGAGUCAAAUCCAGAAUGAAUUUUGAAUGUGUCCUACUUGAUGUCUUGUUUGGGUCGAGUUACCAGUUUGACUUUUCUCGCAUCAGUUUUUUUCCUGUUAAAAAUGUUUACACACAACCCACAUGAGUCAAAUUAGACAGCCUUAUAAUUUAAGUUUUCAAAAUGUUGAAAGUAAAACUGCCAAAGUUUGUCCUGGGGGUUACAGAACCAAUCUCCCUGAUUCGAUCGAGGCAUUUUCAGCGCACAGCGUACUUCUCUUUUCUCAGUACUGCUAACAAUAUGAGCCUCCACUACAUUUCAAAUGUGUGUUUCUUAUUUAACAUUGUACAAAGUCCUUAAAACCCUGGCCACACAUGUUUAUAUGUACAGUGAACAAAUCUAUCUUUUUCUUGUUCUCCAAUGUGAAUUUAUGUACAUAGAGGGAGUUCUUUUGUUUUCUGUUUUAUUCAAGUUUCAUUUAAGUUAAUAGUUGCCUGAAGUAAAAGGUUGUAAUUACAAAUGACAUUUUUUCAAUACUGUAAACAUGCUACAAAAAAUAAAGGCUAUUUACCCUUAUCCGAGC